UCAGACCCCGCUGCCCCACUCCAGGCUGCUGCCCUGAUGGUGACAACGGUGAGUGGAGGAUGGGCUCUCUGCUCUGUCACAGCCCAGCUCCUUGACCCUGGGUUUAUGAUUAUCAAAUGUCCACGAGCCAGCCAAUGAGGUGGCAUCAUGGACCGGCUCCCCAGAGCUAGAGAGUUUCUGGACAGUCUCUCCUGGAUGCUGGUUGGAUUCUCAGAGCAGUGGCCCCGCUGAGGACGCCUUGGACUCUCAAGGACCUUGUGUGAGCAAGUGAGAGAACGUGGGUGGAAGGACAGUGCUCUGAGAGUGGCCUGGCCCCAGACCCUGCAUGGCUCUCAGGGCUGGGCCAUUUUCAGUGUUUGCUCUUAUGCCACCACAGCAGCCUGAAAGUUUGCAACAAAGGUGGAAGGAGCCUUUGCUGCAACUUGUACUUAGACACAGGAGAUUCCUGAAAUGUAUGGUUCUUGGAAAGGAAACAAAAGGCAGGGGACAUGUAGACCAUCUGAUAACCGGACCUGCUGCCCCAGUGUAUCAAUAAGCUGAGAGAGCCAGGCUGCCGGGAAGGUGUGCAGGGACACCUAGCCCACUCUCUCUCCACUGACUUGCAGACUCAGACAAGAAGGCUGCCAUGGCUCCUUAUCACAUCCGCAAAUACCAGGAGAGCGACCGCAAACGUGUCUUGGGCUUGUUCUCCCAGGGGAUGGCCGAGCACGUCCCUGCCACCUUUCGCCACACCCUGAAACUGCGGCGAAACCUCGUGCUCUUGCUUGGGGGGCCCCUAGCAGUGUUCCUGGUCUCUGGGUCCUGGCUCCUGGCCCUCAUGGCCAGCCUCACCUUCCUCACUACCCUGUGGUUUCUUGCCAACUACAGUUGGACUCAGCACAUUGUCAAGUUUUUACAGACAGACUUGUCUGACAUCACCAAAUACUACUUCACUGAGCGUGGCUCCUGCUUCUGGGUGGUUGAGUCCGAGGGGCAGGUGGUGGGCACGGUGGGAGCUGUGCCCGUUGAGGAGCCCACGCUGCAGAAAAAGCAGGUGGAGCUGCUUCGCCUAAGAGUGGCCUUGGAGCACCGUGGUCAGGGGAUAGCGAAAGCCCUGGUCAGGACUGUCCUCCAGUUUGCAAGGGACCAGGGCUACAGUGAAGUCAUCCUCUGCACCACCAUGAUGCAGUCCUCCGCACUGGCCCUGUACCAGAGCAUGGGCUUCCAGGAAACACACCAGUCCUUGGGCUUCCGUCGCUUCAGGCUAAUGGCUGUCCCUGUAAUUCAUUUCAUCUACCAUCUGCCCUCUGCUCAGGUCUCUCCUGCACCGGGGCAGGGAGGGGGCCCCUGAGCUGUCUCCUGGUGCACCAGUCAGGGGAGGACCAGCUCUGCUUCAGGAACAGGCCAACCCUGGAAUGUCACUGCGACAGCACAGUCAUUGCUUCCUGUUCAUUCACAUAGAAAUCCUGCAUGGUUGGGGGUGGAGUGGCUCUGCUCCAUUCAGUGUUGCUGGGGUGCCACUGGUUCAUUUAUCUACUGCCACAACAACGUGGCAUGUAAAAUUCUUACGAAAUACUAAUAAACACGUCUUUAGCUCA